CUCUCUCUCUCUCUCUCUCUCUCUCUCUCUCUCUCUCUCUAAUGGUGUUGCAGUAUAGAACUCGUACUUUCUCUUCUGGAAACUCUUCUUUAGCAUAUGCCAUAGAACUCUCUCUCUGCGUCUCUCUGUCUCAGUGUGAAUGGGUAGGCAAAUGUUUGCGAUCGCUUAGCAUAGGUUAAUCUGCAUAUUAGCCUUCUCGUCACUGUGGAUUCGUGACCACAUGUUAUUCUUUUAUCUUUUUGGUAAUAUCUUCAUUAUUCAAGAAAGAUGCCUCAAAUCUAGGGUUUCCUGUUCUCGCAUUCUUCUCUAUUAUUAUAAUAAUAACGAUAACACUUACUGUUAUUACUAUUAUUAUUUAUCUUCACACAAUUGUGGCUCUAGCUAGGGCUCGCAUUCAUUUCUUGACCUUGGAGACUGGAUCGCAUUAUGGUCCCCCCCCCACGGCUCUUGUACUGCACUAAUCUUCAGUGAUGUUCAUUGGAGAAUCUGAAAGUAGUAUACUAUGGCUUCAAUUCAACCCAGAACCGUUCUUCUAAUUUCCUUCUCAGAGAUUUCAUCUACUGAGUUAUCUCUCUCUAGCUAGCUGCAGACCAGCUGCAUAUAUGUCUCUUCCUCCACCUCCUGAAGACCCCAACAACCUUAAUCCUAUCGAAUCUGGAACCUACCCUAAUCUUUCCCAAGAAUCACUUGAUGAUUUAUGGCAACUAAUUCUACAAGAAAGCACAACCAGCAACAAUGAGGGUCCCAGUGCAAGCAUCUCUCUCGAUCAGCAAGACCUAUAUUUAUCACAAACCAAUCGAGAUCCGAGCUUUCCCGAGAGUGACAAUUUAUCGAACCCACCACAGAUUCCCGGUGGCACAUUGCAGAAGAUUGCAAUCCCCCGAGAAUGCAGCACAUCAUCGUCUUCAGUAGCUGCUGUUAUAGAAAGGGACAAUGACAUGAACAACGAGUUAAUACUUGAGUUGGCCAAGUCAAGAGAAUUAGGAUUGGCCAGAAGCGGCAAAUCAGUGAUGAGCUGCGAGACUGAAAUGGCGACGGAGAUGACCAUAGAGAAGAAGAAGGAAGACCACAAUGCCAAGGAGAGAGUGAGGAGGAUGAAUCUCAAUGCCUGCUACUUGACACUAGCUGAUUUGCUCCCUCAUUCUCCUUCAUCCAAGAAGAGAUAGGGUGCACCGGCUAUAAUUGAUGGGGUACUUGAGUACAUUCCAGAGAUCAAGAAUGAAAUCGAGGAGCUAACCCUCCAGAAGGAAAGCAUGUUAUUUGUGAUGGAUCAAAACAAGCAAUUAGUUAUCGACGAUAGCUCUCACACAUCAUCGGAAAGUAACGAAGGUCGUCCGACUAUUUCAGUGCAUGAAAUUGCUAAAGGUGAACUCGUCCUUCAGAUUUGUAUGAAGAGGGACCAAGGAAAGCUUUCCAAUCUUCUGUGGAAUUUAGAAGCUGAAGGCAUUAGCAUUUUGAAUGCCUCCACUGUUGAAGUUCCGCAUGAUCGAGUCUGCUUCCAUUUACACAUCCAGAUGAAUGCGAGUUCAUAUGAAUCUGAUUAUAUCCCAAUGUUCAAAGACAAGAUAACUUUCUGGUUACUUUGUGAUUCUUGAUUUGGGUCUAUGCCAUUGCGGUGCCGAAUGAUGGGGGCACUGAUCUUCAGACUGACCGCGCUUGGAACAUCAUAAAUCUUAUCCUCUCCACUGGAAGUUUUUUUUUUGGUGUAAAAUGUAAGUAUUAUAAAGCAAAUGAAGAACAGCAGCUUAGAGGCAUUCCUCAGCAUUACAAUAGAGCUAAUAGUUCAAAAAGAUGGAGGUAGGAAGCCUUCAUAUAGUAGCCAAAGCAACAUUUGUCUGGGAAGGUCUAAUUUUUUGGAAGAAUGAAGUUCUACCUCUUA